AUUAUUAGCUAAUUUCACACUUAUUGCUAUAACCCAACACCGAACAAUUUAGAUUAACAUUCUUAAAUAAAAUAACAAUGAUACAUAGUUUAUUUAUAAUAAAUUCAUCGGGAGAUGUUUUUUUGGAAAAACAUUGGAGGAGUGUAAUCUCAAGAUCCGUAUGUGAUUAUUACCUGGAAGCUCAAAGAGCAAAUUCUAAUGAUAUCCCCCCGGUUAUAGCAACGCCCCAUCAUUACCUUUUAAGUAUACAAAGGGGUGGUGUUAGUUUUGUUGCUGUUUGUAUGGAAGAAAUCCCUCCGUUAUUUGUCAUUGAGUUUUUACAUAGAGUUGUUGAUAUAUUUCAAGAUUAUUUCUCUGAUUGUACUGAAAGUAUUAUUAAAGAAAAUUAUGUCGUAGUUUAUGAAUUAUUGGAUGAAAUGCUUGAUAAUGGUUAUCCAUUAGCGACAGAAAGCAAUAUUUUGAAAGAACUAAUUAAGCCACCGAAUAUUUUAAGAACAAUUGCUAAUACAGUUACUGGAAAAUCAAAUGUAAGUGGAACUUUGCCAACCGGACAACUUUCAAACGUUCCUUGGAGACGUACGGGGGUUAAAUAUACAAAUAAUGAGGCUUAUUUUGAUGUUGUUGAAGAAGUAGAUGCGAUUAUUGAUAAAUCUGGAUCAAUAGUUUUCGCAGAAAUCCAAGGAUAUAUUGAUUGUUGUAUUAAAUUAAGCGGAAUGCCUGAUUUAACUUUAUCGUUUAUCAAUCCAAGACUUUUCGAUGAUGUUAGUUUUCAUCCUUGCGUCCGUUUUAAACGUUGGGAGGCAGAAAGAAUUUUGUCUUUUAUCCCCCCCGAUGGUAACUUUCGCCUUCUUUCCUAUCAAAUAACCGCCCAAAGCAUCGUUCCAAUUCCGAUUUACGUCCGAAACAAUCUAAUCAUCCGUUCGGGUGAACAACAGGGUCGUUUGGACAUCACCGUUGGCCCAAAACAGACGUUGGGUAGAACGAUCGAAGCUGUUAAAAUCGACGUUUUAAUGCCAAAAUGCGUCCUGAACUGUAUACUAACCGUUAAUCAAGGUAAAUACAAUUUCGAUCCGGUCUCAAAAAUUCUCAGUUGGGAUAUCGGCCGAAUCGACGUCGCUAAAUUACCGAAUAUCAGAGGAACGGUAAGUUUAACAAGCGGUUUUAAUACCGGCGAUGUUAAUCCAACUAUAAAUGUGCAUUUUACGAUCAAUCAAUUAGCUUUGAGUGGGUUAAAAGUGAACCGAUUAGAUAUGUACGGUGAAAAAUAUAAGCCGUUUAAAGGGGUUAAGUAUAUAACUAAAGCGGGAAGGUUUCAGAUUAGGAUGUAAAAAUUUUUUUGUCUUAAAAUGAACUGAAUGGAAAAAAAAAUUUUUGUUUUAUU